AUGGUCCGCAAUAAGAGCUUGAUCUACAAGAAGUACACUCCCUAUGAACCCGUUGUUGGGGAGCACCUCGCAGUGGAGGACCGGCCGUUCGAUCCCGAGGCUCCCCCUCCAGCCGGCGGUCUCACAAUCAAGAACUCCCACCUCUCAUUUGACCCGUAUAUGCGUGGUCAGAUGCGCGCACCGGGCGACAGUGGCAGCUACUCCGUCCCCUGGGUGAUUGACCAGCCUGCCCAGGUCACCACAUUAUCUACUGUGCUCAAGAGUGACAACCCAGCCUUCAAGCCGGGUGACCUGGUUAGCGCCAUGGCCUCCGCCAGCGAAUACUCCAUAGUAGGACCCGAGUUCGCCCAUUGGUGCCGUGCCAUCCCGCCGCUCCCGCCGCAGUUCCGUCCUGAAACCCUCGUCGGUGGCCUCGGCAUUGCUGGUCUGUCCGCGUAUAUUAGCUUCAACGAGUUUGUCAAGGAGCCCAAAGGUAAGGUGAUGUUUGUAUCGGCCGCAAGCGGCGGUGUUGGACAGAUCGUCGGCCAGCUGGGCAAGAUCCACGGGAUGAAGGUGAUUGGCAGCACGGGCAGCCAGGAGAAGGUGGACUUUGUGGUGAACGAGCUAGGCUAUGAUGGUGCCUGGAACUAUAAGGAGGAGAAGACUGCCGAUGCUCUUAAGAGGCUUGCGCCGGAGGGGUUGGAUGUUUACUACGAUAAUGUCGGCGGAGAGCAGCUGGACACAGCUCUGAUGCACAUGAACGACUAUGGAACUAUUGUUUCCUCCGGCAUGGUGUCCCAGUACAAUAUCCCUUGGGGGGAGAUGUACGGCAUCCGCAAUCUUGGGCAGAUGUUCCUGAAGCGAUUAUCGAUGCACGGAUUCAUCUGCUCUGACGAAAGGCAUGUCAAAUAUUUAGAAACGUUUGGCAAGGAUAUCGUCACAUGGAUGAUGGAGGGCAAGAUCAAGACCAAGGAGGAGGUCCUUGUAGGUUUGGAUUUGGCACCUCAAGCAUUGCUUCGUGUAUGGAAAGGGGAGAAGUUUGGCAAGAUGGUGCUCAAAGUUGACGAAAACUAA